CUGACCACUGGCGUCGAAUCGAAAGUAAACAGUUUAAGAUACACGGGAACCAGUCUUACCGAGUCAUAGGUUAUGCAACCAGGCAAACUAAGGUGAUAAUACAGAUCAACAUUGAAAGAUUCACACGAUGAAGCUGUGUAUGAUUUUGAUUGUCGUGGUAACUGGAGUGAGUGCCUUUAGACAGCUAGAUAAGAACUCCCUUGACAGCACAAAACUCAAGUUCAUUCCUCAUGACUUAAAGCCAUCGGGGAAGAAAGAAGACUUCUGUAAUGGACUUGCUUGUCCGGAAUACUCAGUCAUGUAUAGAAACGAAACCGGGAACUUUGAAUUGCGCAAGUACAAGGAAACUAAGUGGGUGACAACAGAUAGCAGUGGUAUGGACUAUGAUGAGGCUGGCUAUAAAAACUUCAUGAAGCUCUUUCAUUACAUUGGGGGUGACAAUAAGAAGAAAGAAAAAGUGACCAUGACAUGUCCUGUGAUUGUGAUGAUCACCCCGGGUCCAGGACCAGCAUGUUCUUCAAAUUUCAAUAUGUCUUUUUAUAUAGAUCCUAAUUCUUCUGAUCCUCCUCAACCGUCUGAAAACAACAUCUAUUUCACCAAAAUACCGUCAGUUAGGGCUUAUGUCAGAACAUUUGGUGGAUUUGCUGACUACAACAAGUACAAAGAACAAGGACUUGAACUUAUGGAUGCCAUUGGGGACACAUCUCUUUACCACACCGACUUCUAUUACACUGCAGGAUAUGACAGUCCCUUCAAAUUUUUCCAUCGUCACAAUGAGGUCUGGUUCAUUGCCAAGUGAACCACUUCAACAAUUUGUUCAGUAGCCAUAUGAACAACUACAACAAUGUAUUUGUCUUGCUCAUGUGAACAAACUAAACAUCUUGUGUAUUUAAUCAGUUACAAUUUUUUAUUCAUGGCCUCUCUAUAUUAAACAAACAAUUAAGGACGGCAACAUGGUGCGUUUCUUGAAUGAUAUUUGAAAUCCUUGAUGAAAUGUAUUAUGAAUCUAUUUUUUUUACAAUUUUAAGCAUUCCUUUAAGCUAAACUGUUUGCUUCUGUACAUAUGGUAAAUUUAUACUGUGUAGAUCUGGUAUUACUGCAUAUGAUUGAAUCUCACAGUCUCAAAUCACAAACAUUGGUGUCUCGAACAUACAAACUCACUGUCUCAAAUCACAUACUUUGGAGUCUGAACACACAACCUCACAAUCUCAAAUCAGGUAUUUUAGAGUCUUCAACAUACUCUUCAAUCUUGAACACGCAAUCUCACACUUACACUGGAGUUUUGAACACAAUAUCACAAUCUCAAAUCACAUACUCAACUGCUGUUUUUAGUAGUAUUUGGCAAUUUUUAUGAGCUGUGAACAUUUGUCAAAUGUAAAGUUCUAUGGUUUGUGUACAUGUAUGUAUACAAGAGGGAAAAACGGUGUUUUGAUAUUAUUGAUGUUUGGUUUAAUACUUUUCAUGUUGUGUACAUUUCAGUUAUCUAGCCCAAAGGGCAUCUUAUUAUUGUGAUAGAAGGAAAAGUUUGCAAUGUUUUUGUACAUUAUUUUCAGAUGUUUAUUUUUGUGACAAAUGUCUGUUCAGCUCUCAGGUUAAUCAGUAAAGCAUUUAGUAAUGAGAUUCACUACCACCAUUACAUCAAUAUAGAGAAUCACAUGCCUUUUUUCAAUUUUUUGUCAUUCUUUACAUUUGUGUAAAGAACAAAAAAUAUAUAUAUUAAUUGAAUUUGCUUGCAGUGUUAUUGAGAAGACAUCUUGUAUCAUGUCAGUAUCGAUAAGUUUAAACUUCAGUCAUUCAAUAUUCAAUAACAUGACCUAGUAACCAGCUUUCGUAUAGGAAAACUCUUUCUUUUUUUUCUUAAUUUAACUUUCAAAAAGUUAAAGUGCCAUCAAGAUGAAAUACAACCUUGUAAAUACUAGUACAUUGUGUUUAGCAUAAGUAUUCUGUGACUGAAUGUGAAAAAGAUGUUAUAUAAUAACAUAAUAUAAUUUACUGUAUUUACUAUAGUACACGUUUUAAUAUACAUUAAACACUGUAUGUGCUUUCGACAAGCUUAAUUAGAAAAUCUGUGGUGAGUUUCAUCAAUUAAAUUGAAACAUAUUUAUGAUCCUUUUUAUCUAGUGAUCAAUUUUUCAAGCAAAUGUUUUAGAAACUGAACAUUCCUUACUCAAAGUCGAAGUGGUGUCUGCUCUAUUGUUGUUGUCACUAUUGUCAUAAAACCAUCUGUGGAUGUGUAACAUCAUUUCAGUAUCUGAAGUGACUCGGGUGUAAUAUGGAAAAGUAGACAAUGGUGAUAAAUUAUAUACGUUGUCAUUCAAACAUCAAUUCAUGUGCAUCAUAAAAAAUAUAACAUUCUAUAUUUAAUAUAUUAAUAAACUAUUAAACUGA